UGGAUUUGUUUGUCAAAAACACGACACAAAUGUAUGUAGUGAUUUACGAAAACGAAGCAAACCGAAAAGUGAAAACUGUUGGUGUUGAAGAGAAUAUUUAGACCGAAAUUAGAGUUUAUCAUUUUAGGCUGCUGCUACUGUUCUCAUUUAUUUUUAAUUUGGAUUCAUUGCAUUCAUUUUGAAAUGGAGGUAACAGACGACAAUUUAGCUACUUUGGCUAACUAUUUGCAGCAAACGUUGAGUCCCGAUCCGAAUAUUAGAAGACCGGCGGAGAAGUUCCUUGAGGGUAUUGAAUUAAACCAGAACUAUGCAGUGCUUCUGCUCCACCUCAUUGAGAAAGAAGCAGCCGACAUGACCAUCAGGAUCGCAGCUGCGAUUGCUUUUAAAAAUUUCAUUAAGAGGAAUUGGGCCAUUGAUGAAGAUGGCACAGACCGUAUACAUCAAUCAGACAGAGACACCAUCAAAACCCUCAUUGUGUCCCUCAUGUUGAAAGCUCCCGAAGCCAUCCAGAGGCAGUUUAGUGACGCUGUAUCCAUCAUUGGCAAAUCUGAUUUCCCGGACAAGUGGCCUGGACUUAUCCCGGAGAUGGUAGAAAAAUUUUCUACUGGUGACUUCCACGUUAUAAAUGGUAUACUCCGUACGGCCCACUCGUUGUUCAAGAGAUACCGCUAUGAGUUCAAGUCACAGAAGCUCUGGCUGGAGAUCAAACAUGUAUUGGAAAAUUUUGCCAAACCCCUCACCGAUUUGUUUGUUGCCACAUUGGACCUCGCGAACAAACACGCAGACAACCCGCAAGCGCUGAGAGUGAUCUACAGCUCCCUGGUGCUCAUCUGCAAGGUGUUCCACUCCCUGAACUACCAGGACCUGCCUGAGUUCUUCGAAGAUAACAUGCCCAUUUGGAUGCCCAAUCUGCUCAACUUGCUACAAGUUAAAGUGCCCUGUUUGGAGACUGAUACUGACGACGACAAGCCAGGCAUUCUGGAGCAACUGCGCACAGAAGUGUGUGAAUGUGCUGCUUUGUACGCGCUCAAGUACGAAGAGGAAUUCGCGCCUCACGCCCCACCUUUUGUCACUGCUAUAUGGACUGUUUUGUUGUCUACUGGACCACAACCCAAAUAUGAUGCGCUGGUAUCUAACGCGUUGACAUUCUUGGCUAAAAUAGCUGAGAAGAACAGCUACAAGAAUUUGUUUGAAGAUCCGGGAACAUUGAGCAGCAUUUGCGAGAAGGUGGUCAUACCCAACCUCGAGUUUAGAGAAUCCGACAUGGAACUGUUCGAAGACAACCCGGAGGAGUACGUCCGCCGCGACAUAGAGGGCUCUGACGUCGACACGCGGCGCCGCGCCACCUGCGACCUCGUCAAGACCUUAUCUGUGCACUACGAGGACAAGAUGAUGAGUAUAUUCGGCCAGUACGUCCAGCUGAUGCUGUCGAAGUACAGCGAGGGCGGGGCGGCGGCGUGGCGCGGCAAGGACGCGGCCAUGUACCUGGUGACGUCACUGGCGGCGCGCGGCGCCACGCAGGCGGCCGGCGUCACGCGCGCGUCGCCGCUCGUCGACCUGCCGCAGUUCGCCGCCGGCCACGCCUUGCCCGAGCUGCAGAGGCAGGACGUAAACGAGUUACCAGUACUCAAAGCGGACGCGAUCAAGUUCUUCAUGACUUUCCGUUCGCUGCUACCCAAAGAACUGCUCGUCACAGCCAUGCCUCUCAUUAUUCAACACAUAAACGGCAAAGGCGUAGUCCGAACGUACGCCGCGUGCGCCGUGGAGAAGCUGAUAGCCGGAGGAAUGGUAUCGAGGGCCGCUGUGGAGCCUCACGCCGGAGCUCUACUCACAGCUCUGUUCGCAGCUCUGGGGGACGCGGCUUCCCCCGCGGACCACAACGAGUAUGUCAUGAAGGCAAUUCUCCGUACGCUGUCGUGUCUGCAAGACGCCGGUCUGCCGUACCUGGGCGGAGCGUUACCGAAACUGGCUCAAAUGCUGGCCAUCGUCGCCAAGAACCCCUCCAAACCGCACUUCAACCAUUAUCUGUUUGAGACGCUGUCUCUUUCUGUCAUGUUGGUGACGAAAUCCAAUCCCGAUGCCAUAUCCGCGUUUGAAGAUGCCCUGUUCCCGAUCUUCCAAGAAAUAUUGCAGAAUGACGUUCAAGAAUUCAUGCCAUAUGUCUUCCAAAUGCUGUCCCUCCUCCUGGAGCUACGAGGUUGCAUGGCGACCCCGACGUCGUCGGACGACGCGUACAGCGCGCUCCUGCCGUGCCUGGUGGCGCCGGCGCUGUGGCAGCGGCCCGCCAACGUGCGGCCGCUGGUGCGGCUGCUGUGCGCCUUCAUUGCCGCCAGGGCCGAGGUGGUGCUGCAGUCGGGCCGGCUGACCGCGAUGCUGGGAGUGUUCCAGAAGCUGAUCGCGUCCAAGACGAACGAUCAUGAGGGCUUCUACCUUGUUCAGACCAUGCUGUUCAAGUUCGGCGAACAAGUGAUGCAGCCGUACACAAAACAGAUUAUAACCUUGCUGUUCCAACGUCUGUCCUCGUCAAAGACCACCAAAUACGUGCGCGGACUCAUCGCCUUCUUGGGAUUCUACGCGGCACACUUCGGCGCCGAUCAGCUGAUCGAGAUCGUCGACUCUGUCCAGGCCAACAUGUUCGCGCUGUACGUGGAGCGCGUGCUGGUGCCGGAGCUGCAGCGCGUGGGCGGCGCGCUGGAGCGCAAGGCGGCUGCGGUGGGCUGCGCGCGCCUGCUGUGUGACGCGCGCCGCUUCCUCGUGGCGCCGCUGCUGCCGCUGUGGCCGCAGCUCUUGCAGGCGCUGAUCUCCUUGUUUGAGCUGCCCACGGACGACACCACUCUGCCUGAUGACCACUUUAUUGAAGUCGACGAUACUCCUGGAUACCAGGCGCAGUACGCGCAGCUGGCCUGCGCUAAAGGCAUCGAGAAUGACCCGUUAGCAAGCAUCGCAGACCCGAAGCGCUACCUGGCGGAGAGCCUGGGCCGGCUGUCGCGGUCGUCGCCGGGACUGGUGCCCGGGCUGGUGGCGGGGCUCCCAGCGCCGCACCGCGCCGCACUGCAGGGCUACCUCCGCAGCGCCGGCGUCGCACUCUGCUGACAGCAGCCAGUAACUAAUGUGACAGUGCAAGUGUAUUGUGAACAGUGAACUAUGUCGUCACAUAGGCAGAGGAAACGAUGAACUUGUAUGUAGACCCAUAAUAUCUUCCAUUUCUCGUACAAGAAAGUGAUGUGCAUGUUAGAAAUAUAUGUUCCUCAUUCUGUGCCCGGAUUAUAGGGAUAUUAGCUGGAGUGGGCCGGGAAGUUGUAUGGGAGUGUUCUAUCUAAUUUGGCUAUGAGAUCUUUAGUUUUCUUUGUCUCUGACAAAAAGAAAGAUACAAUUUCAAAGCAAAUUUGGUGUGUGACAAAGUUAUGAAUGAUUAUUUUGAACAUGAGUGAGUGAUUUAGGCUAAAUAAGCAGUCUUCGGCUGAAUUAAUGAUGUGGACAACAUGAUGUGAUUGUUCACUAGAACUUUACUGAAGUGAACAAUGUAAAAUGGUUAUUUUUGAAGAACAAUCGUUAACAUGACUACUCUGAAUCUGAAUGUACUCUCAUCUCAUCUGGUUUUUUGUAAAUGCACAUGUUUUAAAUUCGUGACAUGUGCUCAUGGGUAAUAAUUAACAUUUUUAUUUAGUUAAUAAAACAAGCCUAGUGGAAAUAAUGUAGAAAGACAUACUUAUCAUAUCAUAAUGACAUGAUGUAUUGAAGUAAACAGCUUUUACCUACAAGUCUUAUUAUGUAAACGUCUUACCAUAUCCUUAUGGUUUUACAGCAAUAUAACUUUUCAGUAAAUUACAUUUGUUGUAUACAAAAGUUUUGAAAUGUACUGGUUAGAACUAAUGUUUGUUUUAUUUUCAAAGAAAUUAAACAAUAAUUUGAAUAUUGUUUACACGUAAGCACAAUCAGACUCUACUUACAGUUAAACAUACUUUGUUAUGAAACAUUUCUAUGUAUAUAAUAAUAUAUGGAUCUAUACUCAUAGUGAUUAGAAAUUAAUCUUAUUCACAGUAAUUACAAUUUGUAUCAUCCUUGAUUUUGUAUUAAAUUUCUGAAUUUUGAAUGUUGCAAUCCAUUGUGAAAAUAACAUACAAGUCUAUGCUUAGAAUAGUAACAGUAUAGUGUAUGAUGAUGAGUAUGCAUAAAUUCUACAGAAUUUUCUUUGUUGUGUGUUCUUAUUUUUUAUUAUGAAUGUUUAGAUUAUCAUGCUAUUGAUUUUUGUGAUAUUAGGGUUGUGUUAGUGAAGUUUGAGGUGGAAGACAAAGUUGAAAUGUGUUGAAAUAAGUAACAAAUGUAUGACAUGUGCGUCAAUUGAUCAUUAUACUCUGCUUUCUAAUAUUUAUGUAUUAUUAUAAAAUGCAUUUAUCAAUUAACUAAACAUGUGUAGGUUGUCAUGUCAUGAUAAAGAAGAGCAUUAAAAAUGCGUGAAUAAGAGCCUGUCUCAUAACAUGCUGAUAAAGUAUCUGAUAGCCUAUAUGUAACAUAUCAAACAGUGUUAAAACUGUGUUUCACAAGUGUUGGAUAGGGUUAACUGGCAAGUAACUUCAGGCAGAUUUUUGUAGCUAACUGCUACAAAAAUCUGUCAGAUUACCAAAUUUUUUAUCAGAAUGUUGUGAAACAGACCAUGUUUUAUUUUUGUUUAGCAUUAACACGCAUGUAUAUGCUACUUUUGUCUCUCGUUUUGUUUGUUCACUGUUGUGUUAAUUAACGCUGAGCGUAACUGUUAUAUAUAUUUAAUACUUAUGUAAGUUUAGUGUUAUGUAUGUGUAGUAUAACCUAUUCCUAAACAAAUGAAAACAAACUUUUUAAAUAUCGGCUAUACAUUAUCGCGAAACAGUUUUCCUAACAUUGACGGAUUCGGCAUACAUUGCUGGUUUUUUAUAACGUUAAAUAAUAGCUCUUAUACAAACUGCGGCAAUGUUCAUGCAUUCGCGUUGGCAUCUGUCUGCGAUCGCCGAUAGUAUGUAGUCGGUAUAAGAUUUCAUAUCUUGAAUAUAAUGCUAUUCUUUGAAGAUAUGUAAUUCUAACACAACAGUGUUUUAUCAUACUGGAUUUAUAAUAUUUUACUCUCACUUUUGAUACUGAACUAUAACUGAAACUAUGGCUAAAAAGAUGUAUUGAUUUAAUAUUAAAUGUAAUGUUUAGGGACAUUCUCGUAAUUAACAUUGUAUUCAUAACAUUACUAAAGUCAUAAAAUUUCAUUUAGGAUGAAUGGUAGUUUCUCUACUUCUGAGACUGAAUGUUAUAAUAUAUUGAAUAAAUGAUUCAUUCGUUCAA